AUGUUAGUCUCACCAGAAAAUUUUGGAGUAGUUGAGCCUGGCGUUUACAGGUGCUCCAAGAUUGAAGUUGAAAACUUCCAGUUUCUCGAAACUCUCACUCUCAAAUCAAUUGUGGUUUUAGAUGCAGAAAAACCACCAAGAUCGAUAUCCAACUUUCUCGAAACAAACAAGAUUGAACUCUAUAACCUUGGUGAUUUAAAAAUUUCCAACCAUCAGCAUACCGGGAUUUUGUCCAAGACAGAUAUUGAAGAUUAUGACGAAGUUGAAUCAACAACUAGUGUAGCUUCAAAUGCGGAUAAAGAUGGGAGCUUCACAGCAACGGCGACUGCUGCUUCUACCAACACUUCAAACACUGCAAACACAUCUAGAUCAUCAUCGCAACAAAUGGAUACCACAAUGCCUGCUAUAAUGCCCAUUGCUGCUUUAUCUCGAAAAAGCCGAGAUCAAUGGAUGCUUAUCGAAAAGAAUUUGAUUGUGAAAUCUUUUGAACUUAUAUUCAACAGCCGUCGACAUCCACUUCUUAUAGUUGACUCUACAGCAACCUUAGUUGGGAUCCUACGCAAGAUUCAAAAAUGGAAUUUUAAUCUGAUCUUGAAUGAAUAUAGAAUUUUCAAUAGUACUUCAAACAAGAAUAAUUACUUUGCGGAGACGUUUCUUGAGUUGAUUAGUAUUGAACUUAUACCAUACGAAAAUAGGAAAAGAAGCCCGUUUGGAAGUCGACGAAACUCAUCUAAUAUAGGGUCCCGAGCAAAGAGUAUAAGUAGUGCCCUGGAGAAACUUGCCCAUUUACAAAAAAGUCCUCAAAUAUACAGCACUGAUUUAGGCGUAGAAAAGAUAAGAGAGUUAUCAAUAAGCAAACAGAGGAAAGGCGAUAUAUCUGGAAUAAAGGGGUACAAUACAGAAGACAUAGCCAUUGACGACGACGAGGAAGAAAGAGAAUAUGAUAAAGAUGAAAAUGAACAAGAAGACGAUAGCGAAGAAUACGAUAGCAUGGAUGAUAUGGACGAUAUGGACGAUGAGUUACUUUCUGCAUCACCGCAAAUUCCUGAAAAUUUACUCAAGUUUGUCGAGCAAAGGCGUCAGGACAAACAAGCACAACUUUCUUCAAAUGGGAGAAAUUCUAUCGAUAAUGAUUCCGAAAAUGAAUAUGGGACUUCACCACGAAUGGUGAGGAUACCCAAUACCGGUAGUUGCGGUACUUCAACCAGCGGCAUUGUUAACACUGGUAGCCAUGGUAGUGCUAGUGUUGUUGGUAGUACAAGCAGAACCAAUAGUUUUUCAAAUAGCCAAGAUUAUUUGAAUGCUGUUCGCGGUAUGGACCGUCGUCGUUCUUCUGUAGAUACAAUGAAGAAUAUCAAAUUCCGAAAUAAUGACAACUUAUUGCACGCAGGCUCGAUUGAGAGUAGCACUUCACCUCAACUCAAACGCAAAGAAUCGAGAAGUGGAUCUCAUCCAUUUAAUGAAAUUGUUACAAAGCCGGUUGAGUAUAAAUAUUACAAAAAUCUACACAAAUAUCCUAAAAAGUUUGAGAAUGUGGGAACUAUAAAACUAAAGUUGCCGGCUGAACAUAGGCUUCCAAAUUGGUUCACCAAAUCGCGGGAUAUUUGGGAAAAGAACUAUAGACUAAUGAAUGAAGCAGGAGGUCUGUGA